AUGGUCAGCGACUCGAACUCCCACGAUUAUAUUCCGCAAUCAGACACAAGAUUUCUAGUACACAUCAUGCCCAAUGCUCUGACAUUGUUCAAAGCGAAUACCGUCAUCUCAGACGCUUGGUUACAAGCUUUCGACACUCGCGCCGUUGCCGUCCAGGGCAAUCUGGUCAUCACGACUCCCAACAUGCAUUUUGUUCCAGAAUUUCAUCACUUUGAUGCAGAAGUCUUACAAGCCCGUGCAGAUGGUCGAUUUGGUGUGAUCGACUGCUUCCAAUGGCCUCAGGCAUACGACGAUACCUUUUGCCACGCCACUUGCAUACCUCGAAAGGAGUCAUUUCCGUGUCCUCACCCGCUCCACUGGGCUUGGUUCACUCCUACCCCAGAUGACCUUAAGCCUAUUCCCGGGAAUUCGUUUCCUGUGGGCACACUGGCGUCGGAUAAGGUCGAUGGCCUGCAAUCCCUCUUCAAACUGGCGGAACAACGACUCCGUGAUUAUAGAAAGGUCCAUCCAGACAGAGGCCAAGUUAUAUACGGCCGCCUGUUGUCCCUCCGACACUCUGUCGCACGCUUGAAAUCGCACCCCCUCACUUUUCGUGAUCUUCUCAUUUUCGUCACCGAUGCUCAGCAUCUCUUUCUCGAUAUCUACUCUUACUUCGACUGGACACUUAUAGCUCAACCACUCACUACUUCAGGCCUUCGUCAUAAUGUUCGGGGCGAAUGGAUGGGCGCUUUCGUGCAGAGUAGUGAUGUAUGCGAGAAAUUGUUCUGUGCUGGUGUCCCUGUGUGGUAUGUUCGUGCAAGCGCGUACAUUCCCCCGAGCAUGACGGUUGUCGAACCUGUUUUGCUUACCCGUCCGGAUCACAUCAUCAUUGGCAUGUACGCGGAGGGCAGGAAAGUUUGCCCAUUCGAAGUGAUACACCGCGGUCCCGGUGGUCGUGAGCGUCAUGUGCACAUUCGCCGCCUAUAUGCAGGCACAACACACCUAGACCCUGAGGCAGCCAUACCUCAACCAUCGUCCAGAUCGAAUCCCGGUCCCAAGGUAUCUAGUCUUGGCAAGGCGCCAUCUCGACAGAAGAGUAGGCCAACACACCAGCCAUACCAGUCUCGCAUUCACACACCCUACGUUAUUGAUCGGGGGUAUAGAUUCCCCGAGCCUGCUCUUCUUAUCGGCCCCAAACUGGCUGAACGUCUGCAAGUAUAUCUUGUCAAUUGGCUUGCAUGUCGUGCGCUGUGGGUAGGCCGAGUCGACCACGAUCCUCCACGCACUUACCCCACUCCUCAACUAUGGCGCGACUUCCUUGGUAGUGUGCCUUCUGCCCAGCCACAAUCUCAUAGGGAGAAAGAUCCCGACAGAAAGGGUCUUACGGCCACCGAGAAGCGGAAGCAGGUGAUGCGGGAGUUGUUCGGCGAUGAUGUGCUAGAAUCUCAGGGCGAUGUAUUUUCCCCAGAUGGAGUUGUGGAAUUUCGGGGUGAACAAUUCUCUGUCGCCAGUCUUACUAAUCCUUCCGCACUUCUAGCCCAGAAGGUUACAUGGGAGCUAUUUGAACUCGGCUUUCGAUACGAGUUGAGGGACCUUGACCGUCACUUGGCACAGAGACGAUGGAGAGAUGAUCCAGCUGGUCGCGAGCAACUCCUCCAUGGCAUCUUCUCGGGCGACGCUGGUCUAGUGAUGUGGUCAGAGCCGUUUCCGUCGGAACAUUACGGGUUGUGGGAUAACACCCUGCAGGGCUGUCUUCCUUACGUGGAGAAUUUUCGCCGACUGCUCUGUGACUGGGAUGGCGUGCCGCCUCUUCUCGUAACCCCGCUGACAUUAGACAACUUCACAGAUACUAAAUCUUGGGAAGUCAAGCGUGUGGCGACGGCGUUUUAUGUCCAGACAUUUUUUGAUCAUUUCGGCAGGCCCCCAAUCAUACCCCAUUCGCUUCCCAUGCAAUCAUGA